AUGGAAUCUUGGAGUUAUGUUUCCAAUGAGAAUCAAGGUUCUGAAGAAAUGGGGUUUUGUGAAAUGUUAGGGAAACAAUUUUCAGAUGAUUUCAAUUUCAUUGGGAAUGUGUCAAGCAAGAAACUUGAUGCUAAAUUUGGUGACCCAAAUGGGUUUUCUUCAAAAGGGGGCUCGGUUUCCAAGCUUUCAAACUCUGUGGUGGAAACUAAUGGUUGGGAUUCUCUUAUUGAUUUGAAGCUGGGACGUUUUGGUGAUCAUGGUCAUGGAGGAUCUAUUUUGUCUUCUUGUGAAUCAUCAACACCUCCCAAGAGAGUGAGAGUGCAUUCACUGAAUGCAUACUGUCAAGUUUAUGGCUGUAACAAGGAUCUUAGUUCUUGUAAAGAGUAUCACAAAAGGCACAAAGUUUGUGAGGUUCACUCCAAAACUGCUGUAGUCAUAGUGAAUGGAAUUGAGCAAAGGUUUUGUCAACAAUGUAGCAGGUUUCAUUUGCUGUCUGAAUUUGAUGAUGGUAAGCGCAGUUGCCGUAAACGACUUGCAGGCCAUAAUGAGCGUCGCAGAAAACCACAAGCAGGCGUUCAUUCUGCGAAUUCCAGGAGAUUGUUUCAGCCAUGUGGUGAUAUAAGGUUCCACGGAACCAAGCCGCCACAAGCAUCUUUCAUCUGUCCGGAGGUGUUCUCGAAUGGUUUCUCGAGACCGAUUAAAUCAGAACAUGAAACUGGCUUUAGACCUUUAUCUUCUGUGCCUGUUGUGAAUGGUCAUCAUCAACCAAGGUCUUCGCUUGCUUCGUACAACGGCAAACAGUUUCCCUUUCUUCAUGAAAAUGUUGCCACAUCCACUACAGGUAGCAGCAUGUUCGGUGAAAACAAUAACCAUUAUGCACAUUCCAUUGGCAACGCCUCAUUAGGAAGGGAAGACUUCAAUGCUUUUCAUGCAGCAUCAACCGUUCGAGGAUUAUCAGGAAUUUCAGACUCUUGUGCUCUCUCUCUUCUGUCAUCUCAAUCCAAGAACACAUCAAGCCAAUCGUCGGGAAUUCCCUUUGAUCACCCUUCGGUUAUCCCAAGCAGCCAUAGCCAUCUCUAUAGCAUAAGAUCACAAACGACGUCCUCAAGCCGAGUGUCUGAUGGAUUUUUAUCAGAAUUAAGUCCUGCAGAUGGAGGUCAUCUCAGUCCUUUAUUAAUACCAGACAAUAAUGAUAUUGUGAACUUUGAAAUGGCAGAUGGAAUCUUUCAAGAUUCAGAUUUUGUGAAUGCUAAAGACCAUCUUUCGUGUGAAGAUGAUGCAACCAUCGACUUACUACAACUGUCAUCACAGCUUCAGCGAGUCGAGCAUCAUAGGCAAUCUUUGCAGGUGAAGAACGAGAGUGAUUCCUCUUGCACUCUCCGGAUAACUUAA